GACUUUCGUUGGUGUGUGUGUGAGGCAGUUGUGGAUCGAGAAGGAAAUCAAUUAAUUAAAGUUAAAGUAGAUUAAAAGGGACUUAGCCUGAUUGUAGUCCAGCCCAGUACAACAAGUUACAAUCAUGGGCUCACUUAUCAGGAGUUUUCUGGGCCCAGAGUUGUACAGGGUGUACAAGACGGAUACCACCGCAGGUUUCCAAUAUGUUCCAAAUGCAAUGGAGAGUUGGGGAGACAGGAUCAUCUCGUUCGUGCGUCUGUUCUACAAGACCACUGUCUGGACGUCACCGCUGGUGGGCGCCUACCUGCUGUGGCGCGGCUACCUCUCGGUGGAUGGCGCCGCGUCUCUGGUGCGCUUUGCCGGCUGGCUGGGCGCGCUGGCGGCCGGCGCGGCGGUCCUGCGCGCGUUCGGCCGCAUGGCCAACCCGCAGUACCGCCUUUUCAUGGAGGUACUGGGCGGUGACGCCACCGACCCGGAGCGACGUCGACAGCUGGCCGGAUACGACUUUGACAUGGCGGCGUGGCCGAUCGACUUUGCGGCGCAGGGUGUGCUGGAGAUACCGGCCGGCGGGGAGACCCUGACCUCCAGUCUCAGCGACGAGGGUCUGCUGGGCCUGCCGACCCGCCUGCUCACCUACUGUGUCGUUCACACAAUCGGGCGCCGCCUCAUGUACCCCGGCAGCAUUGGCUUCAUGCGCUCACUGCUCGCGCCGGCUCUUCUGGAAGGCCGCACCCGCCUGGUGGAGGAGCUCGGUGGCAAGAGGCACGCGCUGCUCGCCAGAGACGGAAACCGCAUCGACACCAUGUUCGUGGACCGGCGCAGAGAUGGGAACUCGCCCAACGGUAAAACACUGGUGAUCUGCUGCGAGGGAAACGCCGGCUUCUACGAGAUCGGCGCCACGUCGGCGCCGCUGGAGGCCGGCUACUCGGUGCUCGGCUGGAACCACCCGGGAUUUGCCGGGAGCUCGGGCGUGCCGCUGCCGGAGAGUGAGCAGAGCGCCAUCGCGGCGGUGAUGGAGUUCGCCGAGAGCCAGCUCGGGUUCCGCCAGCAGGACACCAUUCUGUACGCGUGGAGCAUCGGCGGGUACACGGCCUCCUGGGCGGCCAUGACGCACCCGGGUGUCGGCGGUGUGGUGCUGGACGCCACGUUUGACGACGUGCUGCCGCUGGCCGUGGCCCGCAUGCCCCCCUCGUGGAACUCGCUGGUGCAGCUGACGUGUCGCCGUCAUCUGGACCUGAACAACUCGCGCCUGCUGCGCCACUACCCGGGCCCAGUGCUGCUCAUCCGCCGCUCCCAGGAUGAGGUCAUCACAGUCACGGAGGGUGAGGUGGGCACCAACCGGGCCAACGACCUGCUGCUGCAGAUGAUGGAGCACCGGUUCCCCUCGCUGCUGGACGCCUCCAGCCGGCGGCUGCUCGAGCGGUGGGCGCGCGGAGACGCCGUCAUUCAGGCGGAGGUGGCGUCUGAAGCCGGCGUUGACGACGAGCUGUGCCAGUCCCUGCUGGCCUCCUACGUGUCGGAACACUCGGCCUCCUACCCGCUGGGUAUCGGAGCGGAUAUGGACAGCGGCACACGCUCCCAGCUAGUCAUUUACCUGGCGAGUCGUCUGAUGAUCGAGAUGGAGGGCACCCACUGCUCCCCCAUGUCGGGCUCCUUCUUCCGGCUGCCGUGGAACCUGCCUCAGGGCACCAACGGCUUCGUCUACCUGAACAAGCCGGGCGACGGGCAGACGGACAACUAGUCGCCGUGUGGAGGAACAGGCGUCAGCUUCAGGUGACGGUCCUCCGCCCCGGCUGGAGAGGGCUAAGCAGUGGCUUGUCUUAGCCGGCGCGGCCGCUGACAGGUUGUGGCGCUGGGAUUCCGGUUUGUUGGUUUCUAGCGAUCCAAAGGACGCUGGAAGGUCCCGGGAUGCGGCUGAGCCAACCCCAGCAAUGCAGUCAGACGAGAUAA